GAUGGAGCAGGGAGGAGGAGGAGGAGGAGGAGGAGUGUUUGAAGUGUUCCGACCUGCAGCCUCAGUGACGAGGAGGAGGAUGAAGAUGAUGAAGAGGAGGAUGGAGUGAUUCGGACGGUUCGGGAGCCCCUCAGCUGCUCCGGAGUCAAACCAGCCCCGCGCGCUCAGAAGCAGAGAGACACACCGAGAGGACACGCGGUGACACGCGCACGGAGAUACGCGCACGGAGACCGAGCCCGACUGGCAGGCGGACUCCAGCUCCCAGAAUGCCCGAGCAGAGUAACGACUACCGGGUGGUGGUGUUCGGUGCUGGCGGUGUAGGGAAGAGCUCGCUGGUUCUUCGGUUUGUCAAAGGCACCUUCAGGGACACCUACAUCCCCACGGUGGAGGACACCUACAGACAGGUGAUCAGCUGCGACAAGAGCGUCUGCACCUUGCAGAUCACAGACACGACAGGAAGUCACCAGUUUCCUGCCAUGCAGCGCCUGUCCAUCUCCAAAGGCCACGCCUUCAUCCUGGUCUACUCCAUCACCAGCCGCCAAUCACUGGAGGAGCUCAAACCCAUCUACCAGCAGAUUCUGGCCAUCAAAAGCAGCAUGGAGUCGAUUCCCAUCAUGCUCGUGGGCAACAAGAGCGAUGAGCUGGCCCAGCGGGAGGUGGAGACGAAGGUGGGGGAGACUCAGGCCGGCGCCUGGAAGUGCGCCUUCAUGGAGACGUCGGCCAAAACGAACAGCAACGUGAAGGAACUGUUCCAGGAGCUGCUGGCGCUGGAGAAGAAGAGGGACAUGAGCCUGAGCAUCGACGGGAAACGCUCGGGGAAACAGAAACGGGCCGACAAGCUGAAGGGGAAGUGCGUCGUCAUGUAGAGCGGCGGCUAACUGUAGACGCUGUUCUUCUUCUGUGGUGAACAAGACGCUGAGAGCGACCGCCAUCGAUGGAACCUGGACUGUUCGAUUGUGUUUGUGGACGUAUAAUAAUCUUAUAAAACCCUAACUAGUUUUGUUGUCAGCAACCAGACUGGAAUACGUUACUUGAUUGUGAACUUUGGGCCUAAACGUUGGAUCCAGCGCUCUGCUCGUCUUGAAAAUGUUUUACGAUUAUAAUAUUUGGUGUUUUGCUUUUAUUCUUUGACGACCGUCCAAUCAGUGCGUCAGUUUUACGAAACGAGGCUUUAACGGUCGUCCAAGGCCGAAAGAAGCGUCGGACUGUCAACCGAUGUACAACCCCAGGUCCAAAACAGCUGGGACAUGAUGGAAAAUGUAAAUAAAACACGUAACGCGAGGCUAUAUUUUAUUCGCAGUGGAACACGAUAAACAUAUCAAACAUUUGA